AGAUAUCUUCUCUAACUCAAAACUCAUUAGGAUAUUCUUAAAUCGGAUUUGAAUUCGAAUCUCGGAUUUGAAUACUCCGUUAAGCCCUACUCGUUGGAGUCAUGGGCUUGGUCCCAGUAAAGGUAUGUAGUUAUGAAGGUGUUCUGUUCAUUUCUAAUAGUACGAGGCCAAAAUUGAAAGAAUCGAAAAGUAGUGGACAUUUAAGAAAAAUAAGUCAUCACCUAGCUUUCAUUCCUAUGGCCACACAAUCGUUUUUAUUCUGCAUCAAGUGAACAUCAUCAUCGUCCACUGAGGAAAAGGAGGAGGAAAGAAGCAAGCAAGCAAUGGAUUGUAUUGUCUCCAGCUCGACGGUUCUUAUCCGAUCACAUCUCACUCCAAUUCGCUCAGCUUCCUCCGUAUCCGCCAAACCUCUGAGCUCAGCACAGGUCACAUCCUUCGCUGCUAACCGCCACACACUCUCGUUCAAGUCCGAUUACAAAAGAAUCAGAGCAUUCUCCACUAGCGCGUCUACGAUAAGAUGCGGCGGAAUCAAGGAGAUAGGGGAGAGUGAGUUUACCAGCACGGUUCUUGAAUCGGACCGGCCGGUUCUGGUUAAUUUCGUCGCCACGUGGUGCGGUCCCUGCAAGUUGGUCUAUCCAGCCACGGAAGCUUUAUCUCAGGAGUAUGGUGACAGGUUGACGAUUGUGAAGAUUGAUCACGACGCGAAUCCGAAUUUGAUAGCAGAGUACAAGGUUUAUGGUUUACCGCAUUUUAUACUCUUUAAGGACGGUAAGGAAGUUGCAGGUAGCAGAAGGGAAGGUGCGAUUACUAAAGCUAAGCUUAAGGAGUACAUUGAUGGUCUCUUGACCUCUAUAUCCGUUGCUUAAUGGUCACUCUCUGUUUCUCUCCACUGGCUGUUUCUCAUUCCUCAACGACACUGUUUGUCUUGUAAACACAUUCUCUUGAGUUGUGAUCUUCAUCAACCGUUUUGUCACCAAAUGUGUAAAUCUAGCAACAGAUUAGAGACAAAAUAACCAAAUACAAUAUAGAAUCUUAUUGGUCA